UUUAAAAUAGAGUAUUUAGCUGUUCUUUAUGCUAUUUCGUUUAUGUUGGCAUAAAAUACUACGAUAUGAAGUGUACAUAAUGAAUGUGGUUAUAUUUUGUGCGUAUUUCAUGACUGAAUAAUCUUUAUAAACAGCCUCUUUAUCGGGAGGAAUAUGUAAGACUAGCAUCUCUUGGAUCAGUUUUACAGUAGAAAGUCAUUCUUCAUACUGACUCUAGAAUGGAAAUUAAAAUUCUGUUGUUUUGCACUGCUAUGGCAUUUAACACUGUAUUAGCAGAUAAUUGUAAAGCACCCUACGUGAGGAUAGGAGAUGGCUGUUACUUUAUAAGUAACGACAAGGUGUCUGGAGAUGCAGCAUUUGCACUCUGUGCGAAGAGAGGUGCUUAUCUUGCUAAUUUUGAGACCCUUGAGGAAGCCAUGAUCAUGAAAAUGGAACUACAGCAAAAGAAUUCAGGUCUACAUUACUACGUGGGUGGAAGAAAUAUCAACCGGUACGUUACUGGUGGUGAUUGGAGGUGGAUUAAGAAUGAACUGAUGACAAAAAUGACGUACUACGCCUUCGGUGACGGAGAACCCAAUGGAUCCAUUGCAUCUCCACAAGACUGUAUGUACUUCUAUGCUCUGAACAUAUAUCACUUCUAUAAUGUCAUGUGUGAUAGUGGUACCAAUAUUGGAGGUUACAUUUGUGAAAAUUAAAGCCAUUUCCUAAACUGUUAUUCUUUAUACAAAUAUAUCAUUUUGUUGA